CAAAACAACUUCAUGCAAACAUCGUAUGAGCAUUAGCUAAAAAGAUUAUCCCCCGCCUCAAAGUCCUUGCCGGCCAAGGCAGCCUUUCUCGGCAAACGCACGACACACCUUCUAGGCACAUCACACAAAGACACUCGCAUAUCGAGAGUGAAGCCACAAGCGGAUAGCCAAGAUGCCUACCCUUGAUCCUAGCGAAUUGAAUGUAGUUCUCGCUGUAUUUGGCGCGUUCAUCAUUCUAUUUGGUAUCAUCUCCGUCAAGAUAAAGAAUGUGUGGUACCUGGGCGAGGCCUGUAAGCUUAGUUUCGGACACUCUCCACGGCUUUGUCCUAGUCGACAUGAUGCUCAAUCUCUUGUACAAUGUCCACUGACAAUUAGCUUCGAAUUAGUACCGGCCGUCGUGUUAGGCAUAUGCCUUGGUCCUAUAGCUGCUAGGUUCAUCGACAGUGAGAGAUGGGGGUCAGCUAUUGAGGGACAGACCCAAGAAAUCACUCUUGGUCUCACGAGAGUGAUGAUUGGUAUCCAACUGGUCAUGGCCGGCUACCAGUUGCCAGCAAAGUACCAAAAGAACAAGUGGAAAGAGAUGGCCAUACUUAUGCUGCCCAUCAUGACCUUGAUGUGGUUGGCUACGACAGCCUGUAUCAUUGCAACCAUUCCUAAGUUGACGUUCCUGGGUGCUGGGGUGAUUGCUGCUUGCGUUACCUCAACUGAUCCAGUUCUGUCACAAGCGGUUGCCAAGGGACCAUUUGCCGACAAGUUCGUCCGGCGCUCCUUGCGUGAAAUCAUCUCUUCCGAAAGUGGCGCAAACGACGGCUUCGGGUUUCCGAUAUUGAUGCUGACAACAUAUCUCAUACGGCACGCGGAGGGAUCUGAGGCACACACAGAUGAUGCAACAUUGCAUGCUAUCGGUCGUGCACUUCUUCCUAGAGCCGGUGACGUUGCACGUCAAGGUGGAGGUGUUGGUGUUGCUUUGCUAAACUGGUUGCUGGAGACCUGGCUUUACUUCGUCCUCAUGAGUAUAGCCUACGGGAUCAUUGUGGGAACACUGAUUAGGCUUGCUCUGAAAUAUUCUGUCAGAAAGAAGUGGAUCGACUCUGAAAGCUACGUGCUCGUGCCAACGGCAAUAGGCCUCUUUAUGAUGGGCACUUCAGGAGCCAUCGGAACCGACGAUCUGCUAUCUUGCUUCGUUGCCGGCAGUGCACUCAACUGGGACGGCGAGUACCUUGCAGAGGCACAGAAGCGACACGACGAAGUCAACGCCAGCAUCGACGUUCUUCUCAAUUUUGGGGGGUUCAUCUAUCUCGGAACCAUCAUCCCGUGGAGCGACUUCAGCUCCGACAUCACCGGCAUCAGCCUUGGUCGGCUCUUUGCUCUCGGCGCACUUGUCCUCGUGUUUCGCCGCAUUCCUGCCGUGCUCCUCACAUACAAGCUCAUGCCCAACACUAUUAAGGACUGGAAAGAAGCCUUAUUCAUGGGUUACUUUGGCCCUAUCGGCGUUGGUGCUGCCUUUUAUGUCGAGCAUGCGCGUCAUCUCUUCCCUAAGCUUGCCGAGGCCGAGGGCGACAGCGAGGUAGUUGAUAUGCUCCGGGCUAUUGGUCCCGUUGUGUAUUGGCUUGCACUAUUCUCCAUCAUAGUCCACGGAGUAUCUAUACCGAUCCUCAAUGUCAUCUACGGAUGCAUGGGUGUCCAGCCGGUUCAGGAAGAUGCUGUGGCAAUCCGACGCCGGUCUGUUCGCGUCCCUCCUCCAUCGAACGCGGUCGAGGGCGACAAGGAGACCUUUAUCGCUUUCAACCGUUUCUCUCGGCCGAACAUGUCAACAGAGACACUGUCGCACAUGGGAGAUGACAACUCAUCUGUUGGAGAUGAGAAAGUUCGACACUCAGACCUCGAGUCCGGCCUCCAAGAAGCGAGGCAAAAGGCAGAGUUAUCUCCAAGGCGAAGCUUCAAUCUCCCACGACUGAAUGCGCCUCGCAGCUUCAGUCUGCCUCGAACAAGUAUGAGUCAACUGAAAUGGGAUCAGCCACACGUUACGCAGGGCUAGAACAUUGCGCUGGAACUGGGACAUGUCAGUGGUAGAAAAGGAGCAUCGGAGCCCAG